AGGGCCGGCCGCCGGCGGGCGGAGUGCCGCCGCCGACGCACACGAGGUCCCUCCGCCCAGCCGCAUUGGAAUGGGGAAAGCUAUCUGCUCUGACGUCAAGUCAGGAUUUCAGGUGACCAGGCAUUGAUGCACCCCCAGGGAGGCCGAGCGCUCAAGGAGGCCACCCCCACUGGCUGCUGCGCACAUGGUUUCUGGGCCCCUGGCACUCCGGUGGUGCGCGUGGGGAGGGCGCGGGGACAUGGGGCCCGACAUGGAGCUGCCCAGCCACUCAAAGCAGCUCCUGCUGCAGCUGAACCAGCAGAGGACCAAGGGCUUCCUGUGUGACGUCAUCAUCAUGGUGGAGAACUCCAUCUUCCGGGCCCACAAGAACGUCCUGGCCGCCAGCAGCAUCUACUUCAAGUCGCUUGUGCUGCACGACAACCUCAUCAACCUGGACACGGACAUGGUCAGCUCCACGGUCUUCCAGCAGAUCCUAGACUUCAUCUACACGGGCAAGCUGCUGCCCAGCGACCAGCCGGCCGAGCCCAAUUUUAGCACCCUCCUCACUGCCGCCAGCUACCUCCAGCUGCCCGAGUUGGCAGCUCUCUGCCGCCGAAGGCUAAAGCGGGCGGGCAAGCCCUUCGGCUCAGCCCGGGUGGGGGCCACUGGCAUGGGGCGGCCCCCCCGCAGCCAGCGUCUUUCUACCGCCUCUGUCAUCCAGGCCCGUUACCCAGGGCUCGGAGACGGGCGCAAGGGGGCCCACCCCCCUCAGGAGCUCCCCCAGGCCAAAGGCUCGGAUGAUGAGCUCUUCCUUGGCAGCUCCAACCAGGAGGGUGCUCACGCACUGGGCCGGGCACUGUGUCCGGCUGGUGGGGAGGCUGGCCUGGGCGGCUGCAGCAGCAGCACCAAUGAGAGCAGUGGGGGCUGUGAGCAGGAGCUGGGCCUGGACCUGUCCAAGAAGAGCCCCCCUCUUCCCCCUGCCACGCCCGGCCCCCACCUCACGCCUGAUGACCCGGCCCAACUCAGUGACAGUCAGCACGGCUCGCCCCCUACAGCCCCCGUCCCCUCCAUCGCCAACAGUGCCUCUUAUACUGAGCUGGGGGGUGCCCCUGAGGAGCCCAUGGAUCUGGAGGGGGCCGAGGACACCCCCCUGAGCCGACUGGAGGGGCCCAGCGCCCAACCCCGAAAGAGCCUGCGGCACUCGGCUCGAAAGAAGGAGUGGAGCAAGAAGGAGCCCUGUGCCCCCUUUGAACGAAAGGAGGUGGGGCCCAAAGGUACCUGCCCUGGGGAAGAGGGCGAGGGUCUUGGGGACAGGGUUCCCAAUGGCGUCCUGGGCAGCGCAGGUGGCCCCAGCGGGCCUUACGGGGAGCCCCCGUACCCCUGCAAGGAGGAGGAGGAGAACGGCAAGGACGGGAGCGAGGACAGUGGGCAGAGUGGCAGUGAGGGGGGCAGUGGCCCUGCUGGUGCUCACUACCUGUACCGGCCUGAGGGCUAUGAGACGGUGUCCUACGGGGACAACCUGUACGUGUGCAUCCCCUGCGCCAAGGGCUUCCCCAGCUCUGAGCAGCUCAAUGCCCAUGUGGAGACCCACACAGAGGAGGAGCUGUUCAUCAAAGAGGAGGGCGCCUAUGAGACGGGCAGCGGGGGCGCAGAGGAGGAGGCCGAGGACCUGUCAGCACCCAGCGCGGCCUACGCGGCCGAGCCCCGGCCCUUCAAGUGCUCCGUGUGUGAGAAGACCUACAAGGACCCGGCCACGCUGCGGCAGCACGAGAAGACGCACUGGCUGACGCGGCCCUUCCCCUGCAACAUCUGUGGCAAGAUGUUCACGCAGCGCGGCACCAUGACCCGCCACAUGCGCAGCCACCUGGGCCUGAAGCCCUUUGCCUGUGACGAGUGUGGCAUGCGCUUCACCCGCCAGUACCGCCUCACCGAGCACAUGCGCGUGCACUCGGGCGAGAAGCCCUACGAGUGCCAGCUCUGUGGGGGCAAGUUCACCCAGCAGCGCAACCUCAUCAGCCACCUGCGCAUGCACACCUCCCCCUCCUAGAAGCCAAAGACCGUCGGCCCGCUGCCCGCCCGCUGUGAGCCAGCACCGGUGGCCUCCGAAGACUCGCCACGGGGGAGCCGCCGGAAAGGAAGCCGAGGGCAAAGUGGGGCGGGUGUCCGGUGGGGCUCUGGGCGCAGUCCCUCCCCGCCCCGCCCCCCCCCAAGAGCUUUAAUGGACAGUGUAUACCAAGGGAAGCAAAGAAGGGACGCUGAUGGAACCACGCCCAGCGAGUCAGUCUACCUCCCCUCCCGCCCUGGUCACACUGUGGCCCGGCUGCUCUCCUGCCUCGGGUUUGGAGAAGGGCUGUGUGCGGGGAGGGCCUCCCUCCGUCCUGGGGCUGCCUGUGGCUGGGUGGUGUCUGUGCUGAGGCUGGGUCCCUGGCCCAGGGAGCCGGUGCUAGAGGGAAGCGCUCUCCCUUCCUGGAGCCAGGAGCACCCUGCCCACUGGCCCUGGGAUAGUCAGGGUGACCCUGCCUACCUCUCUACAACUAAAGAGCCCUCUGGGGCUGGGUUGCUGUUAUUCCUACUGAGCUAUUCCUUUUCCCUUUUUAAUUUUGUUUUUUUUAAACCAAAACAGACAAUAGUUUAUUUUCUUCCAGGGCCCCUCCCUGCCCCCAGCCCCCAGGGCUGAACCUGGGUCUGCAGCUGGAAUGUAACAGGGGCAGCUGCCCCUUCCUCUCCCCCCCGCCCCCCCUUUUCGUGGUAGGGCAAAUCGGGAGCCCCCCCCCCAGGCCCCAGAAGCCCUUCUUGCCCAAAGGCUUCCCUGGAGCCCCAGGCCCUGCCUCAGCCGCCUUGGGAGAGAGUGUUUUUCCUAUAGUUUCCAAGGAAUAUUCUUUGUUUAGAGGUACUUGUUUUUUAUUAAGAGAAAAACCAGUGUAACGUUUAUGUGAAUGUUUGAACUGGAAAGUCCGGGGUUAAUGGGGGGUGGGCGUGGGUAGGCUGGACUUGGUACCGAGUCCUUGGUACUCUUGUUUUUUAUUUUCUCUGUGUGUGUGUGUGUGUGUGUGAGUGAGUGAGAGAGAGAGAUGUGCGGCCAGAGUGGACAGAUACUUCGCUUUCCUUCCUCACUGAACAAGGUGGAGAGACUUCUGACCUUUUGCUACCUCUUGAAUCCACUAGAACAAUGUGUUGGUGACUGGCUGUGGAGGCCAUGACUCUUGUGUUCCUCCUGUUAGUGCACUGGAGCCACCUGGCCUCCAACCAGGAAGGCCUGGGAUUGGUCAGAGCAAGGGGAGCGCGGGCCGAUGGUCUCUGGGUGUAGGUUUCUGCAGUGUCACAGGCUUUCUGUGCACCCGUUUCUCCAAGCGCUUUGAGCCAUGUCCACCUCGAGGGUGUUGACGUGCUACUGAGUGGGAAGGGCAUCCACUCCAUGAGCGCAGAGUGGGACCAGGUGCCACACCUUAGAGAGCACAGAGCGUGAGGCCCCGCUCCGCAGGCCCAGCCGGCCCUGCAAGAGUUUGAGCAGCGAUGUGCAGGGUGGGGUCUGCGACCAAAGUGAGGUGUGCAGUCAGGGGUGGUGGGGAGAACCUGCAGGCUCUGUUGAGGUGAGGACAGGAAGCUGCCCCAUAGUCACUCAUCUGGCGGGGGGGAGUGGGGUCCCGCCCUUGCCUCUCGCAGUUCCCCUUGGGCUUUCUCAGCCUCUUCGCGGGCCGGGAUGCCUGCGCAGGCCCAGUGGCCACCCCUCCUCCACACGCAGUUCUCGGCUGCUGGAGACGGGCGGCCAGCCUGCACUCUCUCCAUUUUCCUUUUCUCUCUUUUUUUUCUUUUUCCUUUCUAUUUUAAGUUCAGACCAAAAAACUCCGGAGUCAUCCCUCCACCGACCCCCUCCACCCUUCAAAAGAGCCUCCAGCUGAAACGGAGCCUGAGUUCAGGGACCUCAGUGGCGAGCGGCGGGUCAGGGGUGCAGUGCGUGGCCCCACGGGCUCCGGGCUGAGCUCUCAGAGCCCCGAGCCGGCUCUUGUCCCCUCCAGGUGGGACACGGGGAACUGGGUCUCGGGUCCCGGCACGGGCGGGCAAGGAUCUGGGUGGAGCAUAUCCUUCCGCUGCCGCCCCGGCCUCUGCCGGUCAGCACUUAAGCCACGUGACACAAAGUCUGUACGUACAAGGAUUGUACGCAGGACCGGGUGCUCGCCCGCCCGGCCGGGGCCGCGCACUGCCAGGCGACUGGUGAGAGCAGGCGACUCAUUCGCAGAACUUCAGGGACGGGGAGCAGAGCCCCCUUCACUCUACGACGUCUGUGCGACAUAGUAUUGUACCCACCUUAGUAUUGUACCGAGCCUUUUCUGUAUUUUAAUGAGAAAGCAAAACACUAGUUUCAUAUUUAAGAUUUCAAGGGUUUGUGGGGGUGGGGCGGGAUGAACACAACACUUCAUUUUGUCGUUUCCCUUUGAUCAUGUUGAGUGUGUGCCUGUGAGUGUGUGCGUGGAGAUAUGUUAGAGCCUCACGAGGACACUGGGCCGUUGGAGGCCAAGGGCGGCUUACACUUCUCUUCUUUAGUCACUUAAUUCCUGAAUGUUUCGGAAAAACAGGAAACAGAAAGUAGCAGAUGUCAUGUAGGAAAGAGAGGAUUUAAAAAAAAAAAAAAAAAAAAAGCUCAUACCCAAAUUCACAAAACCUAUUUUUUAAACCAAAGCACAUUUUGAAUGCGAAUGGAACCUCAGUGGGCUCAGAAAAAAGAUACUAAUAUAUUUAUCUCAUUGUUUACAUAAACUUUUACAGUUUCAGACCUCAGCAGCUGUAAGGCCAGUCCCAGUGAAGCCUCACCUUUUGCCGGAGGCCCUGAGGUGCCCCUGGACGGCUCAUGGGCAGAGAGGCGACCCUGGGGGCCUGUGGAGUGGGCAGAAGCGUCCAGGAGUCGCCUGAGCCCUCAUCCCCAGCCCAGGGCUGCUCCAAGCCCAGAUGGCACCAAAGAGCUCGCCCGUGCUAACCAGUCCCUACGGCCUCCUGGUGGGACUGUGGCACCCUGGCCCUCUGGCGCGGAAGGGGUGGCUAUCAGCUCUGGCCACAGGACCCAAGUCCGACCUUGGGCCUUGGGAGGGAGACGAGUCCUUCCUGCCUCUCUGCCCGCUGCUCUCAGGUGGGCUGAUGCGAGGGUCCGCCUCAAGCCAAAAAGCCAGGACCUUUGCACAGCUCAGCCGACUCCAGCUAGUCCCCAUCUCGGGGACCCCACGGGCAGCAUAAGGGGCUGGCUGGGCCUGGCCCUUACCUUCAGACGGUGCAAACACUCUUAACAGUGUUGUUUUUGUAUCAAUAUGUUUGUGCAGUGAUGAAUGUAUUUAUUUCUCAGACUUGGGGCGCGAGGCAGGCCGGGCUCUGCCACUUCCCGCUCCCGCCAGACCGAGCCUGCAAGGGCUCCUCCAGGUUUGCAAAAAAGGAACCAAGACAGGACGGACCUUUACGCAACCGAGACUCUCAGAGACCGCAGCAUAGCCAUACACCUCAGCCUGGGAACCGAACAGUCAGACUGCUGACCUCCAUGUCCUCACGCAGCGUGUGUGUCCCGUCGUCUACCCCUGGGCUGGGCCACCCUGUCCGCCCGAGUCUGUGUUCACUGAACCUCAGGUUGCCGGCAGGAGUGUAACCUGGGCUGGCAGGCCAGGCCAGCAGGCCAGGCCAACAGGCCCCACCUGCUCUGCCCAUGACUGUCCAGAGUUGGGGCGAGGCCUGGGCAGCAGGGAGGGCAGGGCUAGGGCUCAGGGAAGAGGAGGCUGCGUCUGUCCUGUCCCUGAUGCUCUGGGACAAAAGAGGAAGGUGGAGUCAGAAGUCUCAGCCGGCCGUGCCUCCCCGAAAGGACCAAGGCCCUCGCUGGUGUCCCAAGUCCCGUGAAUCUGAUGCUAGGAGUGAGGUGGGAGGGGCCCAGCUGGAGCCUCAGUCUGACAUUCCAAAGUGGGUGGGCGUGAGCUGUGAGAGUUGAGGCUGCCCAGGACCCCUUCCUAGGAACCCCAGCUUCAGUCACCCCACUAUUUUACCAGGAGCCCCCCUACCUCACCUGCUAUUUAUUCUGUAAUUUAUUGACCUCAGAUGCUGCACCACAGACCUCACCUGGGACAGGGAGGCUCCCAGGCCCCCCCCCACUAGGCGGGGCCCCAUGGGGCCAGGUGCUGAGGGGAGCUUCUCUGUACCCCACCCAUCACUGCUCUCCCCCACCAGGGGGCCCCAGGUUGGGAACAGACCCAUUCACAAAUACCUCGAGGGGGACGGGGUGGGCUUACAGCUGUUCUGUUUAAUUGGAGCCGGAAAAGGAGUCAAGUCCUCCUUCUCCGGAUGGUUCCCAGGAAGGGGGAGGGGCGCCCCAACUCGCACUCCUGUACUGGCCUCCGCCGCUGUCAGUCAUCACGUCGAGUUCACGUCCCUGGAGUGUUUGGAUACAUUCAGGUCAGAGCUGCACCGCAGCUCCCCCCACGUCAUAGAAAAGCAAUUCUCCGACGACUGAUCUCUCCCUCAGAAGCGUGCAGUCUUAAUGUACAGUGACGAGAAACUGUUAUUUUAUGAUCUUUUCAUUAAAAGCUUGAUUGAAAACUAGCUUGUGUUGGGCAUCUGUGUUCUCCUGUGGCUCUUUUACACACUGCUUUGGAGGUCGGAGCCCGGACGGGGCGGAUUUCAGAGAGGGUGGAGCCUGGUCCUGGGCCUCGGUCCUGGGAACUCGCACCUUGGUGUCCGCAUCGUUUUGGGCAGUGUUGGGCUGAGUUGGCUGGGGACGUUUAGUUAGCAGUGGCUCUGUAGACUGUUGUGGAGUAGAUCUGGUGACUGGGAUGAGAGGGAAAUGUCCUAGGCUGGUCAAUGCCCAGGACCCUCUGUUAGAGAAGCAGGUUUGGGGUUCAGGAAGGGCUGGAGGCAGAGGGAGGGCUGUUUUCUGCCCAUGGCUCCUUCCUGCUUUUUGGCCUUAAGGUGUGGGAGGGAAGAAGGAAGGGAAGGUAACCACAGACUCCAGGGUCAGGGGGUAGUGGAUAUGGCUCUGGAGGACUGUCUCUUCCAGCCACCUGGGGUGGGAAUCCCAGAAUGACUGCAGACCCAGGAGGAGGAGUGGGGUUGGAGCCAGCUAAAUGGCCAGCUAACUUUGCUCCCCGGCACUGUGGACUGUAGACCUGCGUAGUGGUUCCAGGACAGCCACAGAUGAGCCUGGUGACCCAGAUCUACUCCAGAAGAGCACGGGCGUCGCGACUGACUCUUGGUAAGUUCUGUUUAGUGGUUUUAAUUUUUUUUUGUUUUAUCAAGGUAAAACCUGAGCUUAGCUUAGACAAUCACAUGGCUUAAAACAAAAAUCUCUUGUCCACCAGCCCACGUCAUGUUUAUGUGCAGCCCGCUUUAACUUGUGGCACUUUCUAGUGCCUUUGUCUCCAGGUUUCUAAAUAAUAUUUUUAUACUGCUGAUUUUUAUUCAUCCUUUUGAGUUUGUGGGUUUAUAAUAGAUGAGGAUUUUAGUUCCUGUGUAACCUCUUCUCCUUGCCUUAUAUUCCCAAAAUUACCAGGACAUUUAGUUUAAUCUAGGGGUGGGCAGAGUCUCCCUGUAGAGUAGCUGGAUAGUAAAUAACUUAGGCUUUUCAGGCCAUAUGGACUGUGUGGUAGCUUCUCAACUCUGCUGUCAGAGUGCAAAAGUAGCCGUCAACAAUUUGUGAAUGCGUGGGUGAGGCUGUGUUCCAGUAAAGCUUCAUUUACAAAAAUUAGGGCAGGGUAGUUUGCCAAUCCAUACUCAUUGUUAUCACUAUGUAAAUGUUGACUGCUGAACCAGAUGGUGUCCUGGGCCUUCAUCUACUUUGUGUGUGUGGGUAAUUUGUUGUUUUUCUUGAGGUUAAUAAUUAUUUUUUCAAUUGCUUAGUUUGAAUCUCUGUCUUUCACACAACUCUGUAAAAUGCCUCCCAGGACAGUUUUCAAUGCAGAUGUGCCAGGUAGUCAUCUGUUGUGUUACUUUUUUCCUGGGGACAUCCUUCCCGGAGCCUGCUGUAGUCCUGCACAUAUAGCGGCUGGAGUUCUUCCUGACUUUGUCCUGUACGAGAAGCCCUGUUUGCUGGCCCCAUGUGCUCUCUUUGUUGGAUUACCUACUCAUUUUGCCAGGACAUUCCCUCCAGCACCACCCUGAGAAAGAAGACACAGUAAAAAAAAAUUUUCUGAGCCUUUGAUUGUUGAAAAUGUCUUUAAAGGACACCGAAUUGAUAGUUGGGCUGGGUAUAGAGCUGUAGGUUGAGUAUCAUUUUCCCUCUCAAUUUCGAAGGUAUUGCACCAUUGCUUCCACCUUCCAGUGCGAUGAGAAAGAAGUCCAGCUUCCUUCUGAGUCUUGUCUUUUGUAUGCAGCUGAUUUCCUCUCUGGAUGCUUUUAGGAUCAUCUCUUUAUUUUAGAUGGCUUCUCCAUUCCUUGAACUAAGCACUUGAUGGUUUCACUCUGGAGACUCAUUCCCUUCACUGAACUCUUACUGGUUUUUAAAACAUUUCAGCCAUUAUAUUGAAUUUCCAAGAACCUUUUAUCUGUUUGUUUCUCGAUCAUUGUGUUUUGUUCUUUUUUCACGGAUGCGAUCUGUUGUCUGUCUAAGGAUAUUUUAGUUUUUGACAUUUUCUUCUGUUCCCUUCAUUGUUUCUAGUUUCCUCUUAGAUCCCCCUUUUCAGUUUGUUUUUAUCUUUUCCUGCAAUUUUAGAGGUGUUCCUCAAAUGUCAGGUGAUUUUGACAGUUCAUUCAUAUUUAAGGAGACCCUGAAAAGCUUCUGGAAACCAACCAACCACUUAAGAUGUGUACAUUUCAUUGCACUCGUCUUUGCAAGGUGGGUGGAGGGAAAUAAACAUAACACUUUCACGCAUGUUAAAUGGGCCACAGUGUUUGCAACAGAGGGCCUCAUUAUGGGAAACCAGUCAGGAACAUAUAAGCACGAGAGCCCUGAAGAACACUCUAGAUAGAGAUGAGGGUGAUUGAGAUACUGCACUGCAGCCUGAGCUUAAGUCAGGGGUAGGUUAGGGAGUGCACUACCUGUCUGCCAGUUUGUCGUACUGUAGUGGCUUGCAUGUUGCUGUGAUGCUGGGAGCUAUGCCACCAGUAUUUCAAGUACCAGCAGGGUCACCCGAGAGUGGACAAGUGUCAGCAGAGCUUCCAGACUAAAACAGACUAGGAAAGAAGGCCUAGUGAUCUGCUUCUGAAAAUUAGCCAGUGAAAACUACAGAUCACAACAGAAUAUUUUCCAAUACAGUGCUGGAAGAUGAGCCCCUUAGCUUGGGAGGCACUCAGAAUACCCAGUGGCUGCAACAAUGAACUCGAGCAUACCAACGAUUGUGAAAAUGGUGCAUGACCGGGCAACAUUUUGUUCUGUUCUUUUGUACAUGGGGCUGCCAUGAGUCAGAGCCAGCUCGAUGGCUACUGGCAACAACAGGUUAGGGAGUAAAUCUAUAGUUAAAGAUCAAUGAGAAGUUUUGAGCUGUAGACCCUCAGCUUCCAUUAAGAAUGCGUUUUAUUUUUUUGCACUACCUGGGGGCUCCCUACUACUCUUUCCCAAAGGUGUUUGAGGUAGGUGGCAGUAAAGGAUUUCUGUGUUGUGGAGAAUGUUUGAGCCAAGAAAAAGCACAGGGAUACGAAAAGCUUUGCUGCCACAUAGCCAGAAAUGGUGACUGAGCAUCAUAUUUGGCUCUGUGUUCCCUGGUGUUCAAAAAAAAAAAAAAAACCGGAAAAGUGGGGAGAAGAAGAGGGAGAGAGGUAGAGAAGAAAAGGUCAGGGGGAAUGUGAAUUAGAGGUGGUUUCCGCCUUCACGUGUAAUGAUGUGUCAUGAUUUCAACAACACGAAGGCUUUGCCCGAUGCUAAAUAUUUCAACGACUGUUUCCCUUGGUCCCUCGUAGGAGCACACUUACCAAGUCGCACAGCAAAUGCAGAAGGAAGCUUGUGAAUGGCUCUUUCCCAAAGUGACCCGCACCGAACGCCAGUCAUGUCGUUAAAGGGUCUCCGAUGUUGUGCUGCAAAAUGUGAUUGUGAUUGUGGGGUGCUGCCCCCCUCCACGGGGUGCCAAGUCCCUUUCCACAGUCUAAGAGUGGUGGACGUGAGGAAAGCCUAAGCUCGAGCAACCCCUACUGUGGCCCUGAGGUCCCCUUUUUGGGCAGCUGGUUGGUGCUUGUCUGUCCACCUAGCCCAGGUGGCCUUGCCAAAGCUCUAGGCCUCAGGGAAGAAGGGCUGGGGCCACCAAAACUGCUCACUGAAGGGGAGGUCACUAGUGCAUGGAGUCCGAGGGGUGGAGAACAGGGUGGAGGAAGGGCAUUCUAGGCCAGGAGACACACGUCCACAGAUCAGGGUGCAGAACCUGCACUGCCAGGGGCCAAGGAGGCUGCAAAUAGCCCGGAGUGUGGGAGGCCUCCCGCAUUGUACUGCCCAUCCCCCAAAGGAAGCCUCUGCUUUAGGAGCCCAACGGCAGUGGUGAGGGCCUGCUUCUUAGGAAAGAACCCUCAGCAGGCGUUGGCAGGAGGCCAGCCUAUCCACCCACCAGGUAGGGGCCUGGGGAAGAUCCUUAGGAUAAGUGGGGCAGAGAUGCUGGAAGGCCGAGCCCUUAGCCAUCCUGUGCCCCCUACCCAGAGUGGCCUAGCCUCGGGCAGUGCCACCAACACCCUUCACCCAGUGUUACGACUCUCACAGCCCUGGAAGGAAAACUUCAGCUUCAAACAACUUUGGUAUCAACCGAAUUUUUCUUUAAAUGGUUGUAAAAAAUAUAUAAUACAACAUUUGCUAAUUCAGGGUUUUUCAUGUGCACAAUUUAGUAACACCAGUUACGUUAAUCACGUUGUGCAACCACUGCCGAUACCUGUUGCCAGAUCUUCUAUCACCAUAAGCAGAAACUCAGUCUUUACUAAAUGGUGACAUCCCUGCCCCCUCUCACCUGGCCCUGCUAACGACUAAUAAACUUGGUCUCUCGGCAUUUGCCUCUUCUAGAUAGCUCAUAUAAGUGGCAUCAUGUAGUAUUUGUCCUUUUGUGAUUGAUAUACUUAGCAUGAUGUUUUAGAGGUCCAUCCAUGUCGUAGCAUGUAUCGGGACUUUAUUUCUCCUUCUGGCUGAGUGUAUUCCACAUUUUGUUUUUACCUGUUCAUCUGUGGAUGGACGCUUGGGUGUUUCCACAUUUUGGCUAUUGUGAAUAGCGCCGCGAUGAAGGUUGGCGUACAUUCAAGUCCUUUUUGGCAACAGCUAGCAAAGCUAAUGGUCUGUGGGCCUCCCUGAAGUGCGACCUGGCCCAGCAUAGAGGAGGGGGGGACUCAUCGUAGCUUUUUGGGGUCGGAAAGGGAUGCAUCUAGGUCAUCACCAAGGAGCCCAAACAUCAGACCGUGUUGUGUCCCGAGUCUCGAACUUGUUGCAUGAAGGAAACAGUGCAUGAAAUUCCUGGGAUCCCAGACGCCCAGGGAAGAGACGGGCAGAUAAAUCACAGCAGUCGUGGUGACAAACAGCCAGCCACUGCCCCAGGUGCUGAACAGAGUAACUAGUUCAGCUACCUCAGUACUGCUGCUCUGAGGUGCUAACUGAACCAGUGGCUGUCCGGUCAACUCCAACUCAUGGCGACCUCACGUGUGUCAG